UCUCCAUCUUCUCCCCCUCCUCCCGUUUCCCCUCAAACCCAAGCCCUGUGAAUAUCUUAUCUUCCCCCUCUGCUGUCUGGAUUUCCUCAGUCAACUGCUCUGAAUCAGACUUCUCUGUUUCCCCUUCCUUUUCUGUUUCUUCCACUUUCUCAGUUGCCGCUAGCUGACUGGGAUAUAGAACAUCAGCCUCACUAAGUAUAACGAGGUUCUUUAGGGCAAAGGCUCCAUAGAGUGCCACAGUAGAGGACUGGAGAGAGCACACUAGGUCAGGUUCGGUACACACUGACUCCUCUUUCUCGCUUUGACUGCUGCAUGGUUGAGCCGGAGACGAAUGGAGAUGGAUAUCGCACGAUACCAGUUGUACGUUGCAAUCGGUGGCUUAGAUUCUGACGGUUCCUCAUUUCCGUUGGUUGAGGCCGAAUGAGCACUCUGAAGUGUCAUCGUGACCAGGUUUAGCUGAUGCUCUGUCUCGCUGUACGAGGCUGAAAGGAUACUGAACGGCUCUUCCUCGGGAAGUUUCAACUCCUCCAGUAACUUCCAAAGCUCCUCGUUCUCGUCACUUGGAUCAUCUCCACCGGCUCCACGAGGGGGGUGUGCAGGAGGUUGACUGACGAGCUGGCUCCAGUGGUAAAGAGACAGAGGUGAGAGGUUAUGAACAGCACGGAAGGAUUGAUGACUGGGGGAGAGCAGACCCUCUCUUGCAGGAAACUGGAACACGGUGUUCACCUUUACACCUUGAGAACCAAAAUAUCUUCCUCUUAAGAUGGCCCCGUUGCUGGUGCACCAGUAGACGCUGUCUCCGUCCCAAGGGUCAGUGGCGAGAUGGUUGUGGAGGGUGAAGGCUCGGACAUGCUGGUAGCCCAAAUCGUCUCCCUUGAGUCGCGCUACGCUCACGUCCUCGGCAAACGACUGCGUCACGCAGGUCAGGGUCCUCCUGCCAAGCCUGUAGCCCUCGAAGUGGGCGUUCAGCUUGUCUCGGUCCGGCCUGAAGGUCAUGAGUACGGUCAGCUCUUCUCUUCUCUAUACACACACACACGAUCGAUCGACGACAUGCACGCGACUCUACGCAUGCGCAAACGUACGGGAGGACUCAGCAAAAACGAGACCGCGAUGGCUCAAGCUCUGGCUGAACAUUACUCGUCGCUCUCUCCAGCUAGUUUCCUGGAAAGAACGGCUGCUUGGAGAGAUGAAGACCCGCUCGUAGAUCUCCCUCUGAUGUCGGAAAGCGCACACCCACGGAGAUUCGCCGUUCCUCCAGGGAUCGAGCCAGUGGAGUUUCUUCAGCGGUUCUCCUCCGGCGAGGGCGGAGUAAAGAUUGAGUUUGCCCACGGAACCACGACGCUGGCUUUCAAGUUCCAGCAUGGCGUGAUAGUAGCUGUAGACUCACGGGCCACGGCUGGCUCGUGGAUCGCGUCUCAGACGGUGAAAAAGGUGAUCGAGAUCAAUCCAUACCUGCUGGGGACGAUGGCUGGUGGGGCAGCCGACUGUGCCUACUGGGAGAGGCAACUGGCAUUUAGCUGCAGAGUGUAUGAGCUACGAAACGGGGAGAGGAUAUCAGUAGCUGCAGCCUCGAAGAUUCUCUCCAACAUGGUGUACCGCUACAAGGGAAUGGGUCUGUCUAUGGGGACUAUGAUCUGUGGAUGGGACAAAAAGGGUCCUGGACUGUACUAUGUGGACUCAGAUGGGACGCGCCUCACCCACCACAUGUUUAGUGUUGGCUCUGGCUCCACGUAUGCCUAUGGUGUGCUGGACAGCAGCUACAGCUAUGACAUGUCAGUGGAGGAGGCCAGGGACCUGGGGAAGAGGGCCAUCUACCACGCCACUCACAGAGACGCCUACAGCGGAGGAGUAGUCAACUUGUACCACAUGAUGGAGACAGGAUGGGUGAAGGUCUCACAGACUGACGUGAAGGAACUCCACUAUCAGUAUCAAGACGAGAAGAAACUCCCAUAGCCACUCACACACUGCUCUACUCUACUGUUUAAUCUAUGGUAUAGCUAGAUACUGCUGUCAUGAUAUCAUAAUGGGUUUGAGCACAUACUUAGUCAUUGGCAGGCAACUUAUAAUAUUAUAUUAUAGCCUCGUUCUCAGGGCUUCC